AUGGCCGCAAACUUCCAACCAUCCGCGGAGCAGGUCGAUCAGCUUUUGAUGUUAGUUGGCCAAGCUAUUACUCGACCAGAAGCACUAGCAAGACUGAAGGGCAACAACAACAGUGUCGAGCAGGCUUUGAACGAAUAUUACGAUGAUGCAGGCUCCGCGAACAAAUAUCAGUGGGACGAAGGACAGUUCAACAGUGAUCGUGAAGGAGCAGGCAAUAGUCACGAUAUCUCCUUCAAUAUACAUGCCCCGGACGAUUCAGGACCUUACAACCGAUAUGAUGGAGCCCCAUCCCGUCCACCUUCGAGAACAAGCAAUAACAAGUCUCCCCUGAGCAAGGUUAUUGACUUGACUGCGGAGCAUGCUGCAGGUACUCUAGCAGAUCCAAGAAACUCAUCUUAUUCAAAUAACCUCGAUUAUGCCGAUUCGGAGCUGGAACAAGCCCUUGCGGCCUCGAGAGCGGACUUGGGAAUGCCACCGCAAGAGAGUGGUAUAACUGGAACAGAAAAAAUUCACUUUGGACCAGCAAAUCGAACUCAGUACGAGCCAGGCCAGUGGGAACUGGUGCCUAUGGGAAGAGCAUCAGCCCAAGAAAUCAUUCUGGACCCCGAGCCUGCAGAUCGAAAGCGAGAGCCCGGUAGUCCGGCAUUCUUGAAGCCAAUGGUCGGGGACAAUCGUCUGAACGCCGUGAUAACAAUCUACCACGCAAUCCCACUCAUCAGAAACCUGUUUCUCAAUAGUAAAGAUGUACUUCCGAACUACGGACAUGAUCCAGAGUGGUGGUCCGGAAAAUCGAUCGAACAGCAAUCAACGGUCACAAUGGAAGGUGCCCCGCCAGCAUACGACCAGGUCGAUCGUGAGCUUCAACGCCUCAUGGCCUUUUUAGACAAUACAGAGCGGAGUUAUGGCUCAGUUGAAGCCCUUGCAAAUUUCCAAGAGGUGAAACAGGCAGUGAGGAAGACGCAAGGCGUUCCGGCAGCUGUAUUCCGGGCCUGGAAGAACAUUUUUGAGAACAAGCAGCCAGGGAUGGUCAGGCAGAUUUUCAGUACGGGUGUGCAGCAAGAGGACGCAGUCGAGGAGCCAACGAGCUUUGCUAUUCUAGAACUCGACCUCCCUUCAAAUGAUUCGUUUCAAGAAACUCUUUACGAUGUCUGCGACGAAGUUCUAUGGCCGAUCGCAGGAGAUGAUUCGGAGGUGUCAAAAAGCUCUUACCUAUCGCGAAUUGCGGAGGUCAUGACUUUCGCCGUGGAUGGCGGAUAUGAACAUAAGAAGGUUGAUAUACCUGCUGUAUGGUACCCAGACCGCUACUUGAAACCCGCCAGGCAGGCUGCUCUGGAUAUGCGUUUGCAGAAGCGCGAAGUUGAACAAAAGCUGCAGAGGAUCCAGCUCACUGAAGAGAAGCUAACGAAUAUCCCACUGAAGACUGGAAAGAUCGUGAAAGUCCAUGACCUGUUUGAGGCAUCGCUGAAGCAUGACAAGGCUUUAGUUGCCGAUAAUGGACAGCUUAUCGAUGUUGAUGUUGACAUGAUGGCACCUCGGUGUAAGAGCGAUGCGGCCAUAAGGCUUUCAGAAGAGCUCCGGAAAGUCGUUGCCAGUAUCGACAGGAAGCUCAUUGCUUUGAGGGCUGAGAGAGAAAAGGCCCGCUCGGAACUGCGGAGUCUUUCGAAGCUCUACACCGAACCCUCAAACGACCCCCAGGCCCCGGACCUCCACAUGUACACUUUGCGUGGGGUCAGCACCACCAAAAAUACUAUGUACAUGUGUAAGCGAGCCGAGGCGAAGUUGAUCAAUAUAGAAGCGGACGAGGGCGAACUUCUAGGUGCGAAUGAGCAGUGGUGGAGAAUCAAAUAUACCCCUGGAGUCUGCACCUCUGUGGCUGUCGAAAAAACUACCGAGGAAGCUGUCCUUGAAGCUGCAAGGAACAGUGACAAACCAAUUCUCGUGUACGCAAGCGAGAAAGCGAUGACUGUCCCACACCAAGAAUUGCCCAAAGCUCUUGAGAUGCAGACCUUUGUGCGCUUCGACAACCGAACGUUCCGGGCCGAGUUCCAAGGGUCGGAGGACUCUCACACUGUGGACGGAGAUUCUCCUACUGGUGCUGGGAACCUUCCGGUUGGAUCAUCCCCUCCAAGAAAACGAAAGUACGAUGAAAGCUCAUUAGUUAACCAGGAAUCUAAUCACUAUGCACAAGUGAACAUCGCUGCGAGAGAGAUGCGCAAUAACGCAGGGUCUGGUGAUGUGAUCAUGGGGUUUGAUCCAUCGACUGACACUGGGUUCGAAAGCAGACCUACGACUCAGGAGAUGCAGGAACGUAGCGGGAUCCCCAUGCUAUCGGCUCACGCAACCGGCGGCGCGACAAAGCUCAGUACCGUGGAUAGCAUGGAUCUCGACCAGGUCAUCGAAGACGAUGAGGUUGCUCGCGAAAGCGCUGCCGUCAAACAUGUUGGUUUCGCAGAAUGA